GUUUCCACACGCCGUUCGGGCCCCGUAGCGUCAGGUCAGCUGUGGCUGGUUCCUCAAUCGACGGCCUGUGACGUGAGGCACCGAAUACUUUUGGGAACAGUUGUUCACCACUGGUGUGGGCUUCGUUGCUCCUGCUAGGGCCUAGCAUAUUGAAAAAUGACCCCCAAUCAUAAUGACGCGCUUCGAUCAACGCCAGUGUACAGUUAUGGGAGGUAACCAGCGUGAACUAGCUCGAGCCAAGAAUGCAAAGAAACAAAAUGAAGGGAAGAAAGGGCAGGCUGCAGGUGCAAAGGACGGAAACAAGGGCAUGACCCUUGAAGCUCGCAAGCAGAGAGAUGCUGAAAUGAUGAGACUAAAGCAGCAAAAAGCAGAAACUAAGAGAGAUGAUGGUAAGAAGUAACUGCAAAGAUUUGAAACAUCUCUGCAAAACUACUUCUGAUGGUGUGAAUCCAAUGACCAUUUUUUUUUAUAUUUUUGACAUGUAAGAAAAUGUUAUAGCAAGUUUUGAAUAGUGUGCUACUUCGUUCAGCAUUGGAUAGGUUUCUCUUGCUAUUCUUGUAAGGACUUCACUGUAGAGGAGGACUGACAGAACCAAUCUUUGAAAAUGAUUGAAGUGAGAAUUGGAGAAAUUCUAAGAAAUGAACUAUACAGAUUAAAGCCUUUAAGGUGGAUAUGGGUAGUUGUGCACCACAUUAUGGAUUUUUUAUAUUACUUGUUUUCAUUUACUACUAGUGAUUGGAUUAUUCAGUAUCUUACAUCAUGGUAUUGAGUAAUGGGAGUUUUGAUUAAUUUUGUUAAUCCACCUUUGGCUUUCAGAAUAAUUGGUCAUCUAUUUUGAACUGGACAUUAAUUUUAAGGAAUAUUGUAUUUUUAUUUAGUAAAAUAAAUGUUUAAUUGUAA